CAGCUGCAGCGCAGCAGCAUCGUGUACGUGGGGCUGCUCUUCUGCGGCAUCCACCUGCACAUCGCAACGGCGGACUUGCUCUGCGAGGGGGUUUACUGCAAGCUGGUGAAGGCGAAACCCUCGAUCGGCGCAAAGCUGGUGGCGUUUUUGUCGUUUUGCAACUCCAUGGGCCACCUCGUCGGCAAAACCCUAGUUGGGCCGAUAAGCGACAAGUACGGGACGAGGCCGCUGCUGUACAUAACGCUGCCUUUGGUGCUGCAGACGCUGCUGCCGAUUUCGCUGAACUUCCUGGGCGAGCCGCGCGCGGACCCGUAA